UCCAGUGAGUUCCAAGACUAGCGCUCAGCAGCAGAGAGAGUUCCCAAGCGAACAGAGCGGCUCCUCUUCGUUCCAGACGCAGUCCGUUUGCUUUUCUCCACAGAAAUGGCCUCCACCUUCAACCCCCGAGAAUGCAAACUGUCCAAAGAAGAAGGGCAAAACUAUGGCUUCUUCCUGCGAAUCGAGAAGGACACGGAGGGCCACCUGGUCCGGGUGACUGAGAAGGGCAGCCCUGCGGAGAAGGCUGGCCUGCAGGAUGGAGACCGCGUUCUCAGGAUCAACGGGGUCUUCGUGGACAAGGAAGAGCAUAUGCAGGUGGUGGAUCUGGUGAGAAAGAGUGGGAAUGCAGUGACUUUACUAGUUCUGGAUGGGGAUUCCUAUGAGAAAGCUGUGAAAAAACAGGUGGAUUUGAAAGAGUUGGGUCAGAGUCGGCAGGAGGCGGAUUUGCGUGACGAGGACGCGGCCCCUGUGAUGAAUGGAGCAGUGGAGACCUGGACCCAGCCGCGCCUCUGCUACCUGGUGAAGCAGGGGAACAGCUACGGCUUCUCCCUGAAAACCGUCCAAGGUAGAAAGGGCGUGUACAUGACUGAUAUCAUCCCUCAAAGCGUGGCUAUGAAGGCUGGCGUCCUGGCUGAUGACCACUUGAUUGAAGUGAACGGAGAGAACGUAGAAGAUGCCAGUCACGAGGAGGUGGUUGAAAAGGUGAAGAAGUCAGGAAACCGUAUCAUGUUCCUUCUGGUGGACAAAGAAACUGAGAAACGGCACAGCGAGCAGAAGAUGGAGUUCAGGAGAGAAGCGGCCAGUUUGAAGCUGCUGCCCCACCAGCCCCGCGUUGUGGAGAUGAAGAAGGGAAGCAGUGGCUAUGGUUUCUAUCUGAAGGCAGGCCCAGAACAGAGAGGACAAAUCAUCAAGGACAUAGAUUCUGGAAGUCCAGCAGAGGCAGCUGGCUUGAAGAACAAUGACCUGGUAAUUGCUGUCAACGGCAAGUCUGUGGAAGCCCUUGAUCAUGACGGUGUGGUGGAAGUGAUUAAAAAGGGUGGAGAUCAGACUUCACUGCUGGUGGUGGACAAAGAGGCGGACAGCAUGUAUAGACUGGCUCAUCUUUCUCCAUUCCUCUACUAUCAAAGUCAAGAACUGCCCAAUGGUUCUGUCAAAGAGGUUGCAGCUCCUACCCCUGUUCCUCCGGAGGUCUCAAGUCCAGAUCCUACAGAGGAAGCAGAUCAUAAGCCUAAACUCUGCAGGCUGGAUAAAGGGGAAAAUGGCUAUGGCUUUCACUUAAAUGCGAUCCGGGGCCUGCCAGGCUCAUUCGUCAAAGAGGUACAGAAGGGCAGCCCUGCUGACUCGGCUGGGUUGGAGGAUGAGGAUGUCAUCAUUGAAGUGAAUGGGGUGAACGUGCUGGAUGAACCCUAUGAGAAGGUGGUGGACAGAAUCCAAAGCAGUGGUGAAAAUGUCACACUAUUAGUCUGUGGAAAGAAGGCCUAUGAAUAUUUCCAAGCUAAGAAAAUCCCUAUUGUUUCCUCCAUGGCUCUUCCAUUGGCUAUACCUCCAGAUUCCCAAGGAGUGUUGGCGGAAUUGGAGUACAACUUGCACGAGGCAAAAGAACGAGCGCACAGUACAGCUUCAAAUUCUUCUUCCAAUUCUGAAGAUACCAAGCUGUAAUGAGAACAGAUUAUGGCUUUGGCUGAUAGCUGUUUCUGGAUAUUUAAUAAUCCUUUAAGGAACGAGCUGCCACCUGUCUAUUGUCUGUUAGAGAACUCCUCUGGGAACCACUCAUCGCAUCGGAUUGUCUUCUGCUCUCAUUUGUCUGAGGGGCUGCUAUUGCAGAUGGCUUAUUUAUGGGUAACUUAGGAAGAAUUAUGGCAGGAGCCAGAUUCUUUUUAUGUGAUCUCUUCCCAGCUUCAACUUAACUUCCUUUCUUUGUAUGAUGAUAUCUCUUACCUUUACGAGUUGCUCGAGCACCAAAGAUGAUUUGUAAAUCUGUGAGAACUGCUAAUUAAGAUAUCUAAGGUAUCUAAGUCCAGUACAAUUAUGCUUUUGUAACAAUGUUGUGGUUACUAGAAUAAAUACUAUUAAAGAUGC